AUGGGCCGCCCGUUCCGUAGACCCGUCCACGUCCAGCUCUUAUUGGAUCGAUAUCUUGAGAUCCCCGCGCCGUCAUCCCAUUGCUUCAUCAACGAACUGCCACUCGAACUACUUGUGGAGAUCCUGGUGCAUGUAUCCUAUGAUACAACCCAUACAGAACAACGCCAUUGUGAUCCCUUCACGCUCCCCUCCGACGAUGCCCAUUGCGAUGCCGACGACGCACUCGCCGCCAAAGGCGCGUGCUGCAUAGCCGACCUGCGCUUCGCCGGAGGUUGCAAGACAUAUUGCCAUACUAUGCCCUGGAACUGGCUUGAAGUUACGCGCGUGUGUAAGACGUGGUACCACGCCGUGCGUUCCUCCGCCGAGUUUUGUGCUCGCGUUCCGGUGCAGACACAGGAUGCGCUAUCAGGUUCCUUGCAGCGGGCGGGCGCCAUCCCAAUACGGGUACAUGCGGUCUUCGACGAUCAUUGGAAGGCGCCGCGGCGCCUGGCGAGUUUACUCGAGCGCGAACUACAUCGCAUCGGGGAGAUCUUCGUAUCCUGGAAGACUAUCAAGGCCAAUGAACGCUUUGACGUGACAAGCAGCCUGAGAAAGGAGGCUCCCAUGCUGCGCUCAUUGCGUUUAUGCUUCUCCUUUUACCAUGCGAUGUGGCCUCAGAGCUUCUUCUGCGGUGUACCGCCACAGAACAUACGAGAUGUCGAACUCGACAGCGUUCGACUCCCGAGAAUAUCUAGUUGCUCGACUCUACUGGCGCCCACGCUCACAACCCUCGUCUUAUACAACUGCUCAUUCGAAACGGAGCUCUCCUUCUUCGACGGAAACCCUAUGGCUGAGGAGAUCCUCGACGCAGAUCUUCUCCUUGACCGUACAUUCUUCGAUGCGUUGGCCAAGAUGCCUCUACUGGAGUCGCUUUCCGUCAUCAACACGAGCAUGCCGAUAGGACUUAUAGCACUUGAACAUGACCACUUUGCACCACCAGUGUCGCCUCCGACCUUGUCACAUUUACGCGAACUCAAGUUACAGGGCACUGUACGUGUCGUAACGCGCUUGCUCAUGAACAUCGCGAUACCGAGCACUACGUCCCUCGACAUAUGCUUCCAACACCGAUAUGAUCGCUUCCAGACCGACUCCUUCAUCGACCUAUCCGGAUUCCGCGCCUUUCUCGGGGCAUACUUCCGGGACGCGGCCAAUAGUGGCGCAUACUACUCCGCGAACUCGAUGGAUCUGUCUCUCUCGAGCAACAAGUAUACACUACACCACGCCAAGUAUGCGUUCACAGCUCCUCGCUGUCCUACGUCUACGCACGUGCUACCAUCGAGGAUCGAAUUGGGACAUGCGUGGGACUGGGAGGCGGACUAUAUCAGAGAUAUCUGCGCCUUGGCCGCCUCGUUGUGCGAGGUCAUCCCGUGCAGCGGUCCCGAAGUCUCGUUGGAGGUCGUACAGGUAGAUCCACUUGGCGAAGCUGAGGGUUUGCUUCAACGGCAUCAAGACUGGUACCAGCCCGCGGCUAAGAUGGUCAAUCUGACGUCGCUUCAUCUUCAUGGCUACGCCACGACGCAGUUUCUCAAGUGGAUAGCCAGCCAAGACACGUUUGUGCUACCGCUGACAGGGGAUACACAGCGUUCCACACGCUUCUCAAAGCUGAACUCCAUCGAGCUCUCUGAUGUCUAUCGGAUGGGCUCACAAGACUCGACACUGUCGUACCUAUCACAACUGAUGGAACAUCGCCCUCUCACCGUCACUGUCAGAAACUGUGUAGUGGAGAUGGUUGAUUACAACCGCAUGAGAAGUAUACUUGGCGAUAGGCUGCACUGUGAACGGGUGGACAACCACAUCAUACUAUACGAGCAGCAGCAGAGCCGCUUCUUCGACCUUUUGCGAUGGGUCAAUCGGGGGAAACGCUGA